AUGCGUAAAUGGAUGGUACGGCGCUCGGGAGUUUCCAGACUUGCAUUUAUAUUUGGACUUCAAGACCUGGAGCCGGUUCGUCCUGAGUCACCUCUUCUAAAGCCAAAAUUAAUGAUAGCCAUAAUCGCGCGCAACGCGGAGCACAGCUUGCCUUACCACCUAGGGUGCAUCGACGCACUUGAUUAUCCCAAGGAUCGCAUCGCCAUCUGGGCUGCCACCGAUCACAAUGCAGACAACACCACGGCAAUGCUACAGGAGUGGCUCAGGAGGGUGGAGAACUUGUUCCACUCUGUGGAGCUGAGGACCGUGGAGGAGGAAAUAAGUGCCUACGUAGAUGAGCGAGGCCCAAAGCACUGGCCUGACUCCAGGUUCACCCAGGUGAUGAAGCUGAGACAGGCAGCACUGGUGGCAGCCAGGGUACAGUGGGCAGACUACAUAUUGUUUGUGGACAGUGACAACUUGCUGACAAACGAACAGACACUGACUCAGCUGAUGGCGGAGAACCUGACCCUGGUGUCACCCAUGCUGGAGUCUCGAACACUGUAUUCCAACUUCUGGUGUGGCAUAACCCCACAGGGUUAUUACAAGCGGACGCCGGAGUACAUCCCUAUUCGUAACUGGCAGCGGACAGGUUGCCACGCCGUUCCCAUGAUUCACUCCACCAUGCUGCUGGACCUGCGGCGGAGUGCCAGCAAAGCCCUGGCAUUCUACCCCCUCCACCGGCACUAUCUCUGGGAUCUGGACGACAUAAUGGCCUUUUCCUUCUCUGCUCGCCAGGCAGGGAUACAGAUGUUUGUGUGCAACAAAGAGCAUUAUGGGUAUCUGCCCCUACCACUGAAGUCACAUCAGACUCUGGAGGAGGAGGUGGAGAGCUUUAGUCACACAGUCUCAGAGGCCCUGAUUGAAUACAACCUGAAGACCUCAAGCUACCUCCGCACACCACCGAAACCUGCAGACAGAAUGACUUUUGAUCAGAUUUACCUGAUUAAUCUGAAGCGACGGCUGGAUCGUAGAGAGCGUAUGCUACAUACUCUGGAGGUGAUGGGAAUCGAGGUCACGCUGACUGAUGCGGUGGAUGGCAAAGCCCUGAACACCUCUUAUCUGAGGGCACUGGGUAUAGACAUGUUGCCUGGUUACAAAGACCCUUACUCAGAGCGCGUGUUAACCCGAGGAGAGAUCGGCUGCUUUCUUAGUCAUUAUAAUAUUUGGGCACAGGUGGAAGAACAACAACAAAGACAAGUGCUUGUACUAGAGGAUGACGUAAGGUUUGAGUCGUUUUUCAAGAGCCGACUCAACACCAUCAUGGAGGAUGUGAAGCAAGCAGGCCUGGGCUGGGACCUCAUAUACGUGGGUCGUAAGCGCCUACAGCUGAAACACCCAGAGCGCUGGGUAAAAGGAGUGAAGAACCUGGUGCACCCUGAUUACUCCUACUGGACCCUGGGAUAUGCUUUAUCAUUGCAGGGAGCGAGAAAACUCCUGCAGGCGCAGCCGUUCAGCAAAAUGCUUCCUGUGGAUGAGUUUCUCCCAGUUAUGUUCAACAAACAUCCACAAGAGGAGUACUUGACUUACUUUGAAAGGAGAGACCUUCGAGCAUUCUCUGUGGAGCCUCUUCUCCUCUUUCCCACACACUACACGGGUGAACCAGGCUAUUUCAGCGACACGGAGACCUCCACCAUCUGGGACGACGAGAACGUAGUAACCGACUGGGACCGUCAACACGUCCGCAGAAACCGGAAUCGAGGAGACGCGGCCUCGUUACCAAACGCAGCGAGUGGUGACAGAGAUGAACUCUGA